AAACAAAAGCGGAUUAGGCUUUUUGACCAAGCAUGGGUGCCUUAAUCCGCAUGCUUGGGUUGGGUUAAUCACUUGAUUAACUCAACCCAAAUCACUCGUAUUCUAACACAAACCUCACUGUCACACUCUUCCUUUCCUACUUGGAUUCCAUUCUCUUCUCUCUUCAGUUAUCAGUACUGUUUCUUGAUUUCUUCCUCCUCCAGUCCUCUGCACUUGGCGGCGCGGCUCAAAGUUGGUUCCUUUCCACACCCUGCGGCUUGCGGCGCCGCCUGUUUCGAUCGAACAACCGCCGCGCGCGAGUGGCAGCAGCAGCAGCAAGCAGCGACGUCGCCGCCCGCCUCGGUUUCGUGCCUAGUUUGGUUUCUUUUUCUUGGCCGCCUCUGCUCUGACCCUUUCUUGGGUUCGAAUUGUUGGUCCCUGCUUCUUGGCCCUGAUCGAUUGCCGUCCGUCCGGCCUCUCGAAUCAACCGCGGGGACGAAUUUUUGCAGGGGAGGGUGUUGGCGAUGGCGGAGUUGGUUGGGCCGCGGGUGUACAGCUGCUGCCAUUGCCGGAACCACGUCUGCCUCCACGACGACAUCAUCUCCAAGGCCUUUCAGGGGAGAAAUGGCCGUGCAUUUCUUUUUUCUCAUGCCAUGAACAUAUCUAUGGGUCCAAAGGAGGAUAGACAGCUUAUGACAGGGCUUCACACAGUUGCUGACAUCUACUGUCGUGAUUGCCGUGAGGUAUUAGGUUGGAAGUAUGAGAGAGCAUUUGAAGAAUCCCAGAAGUACAAGGAAGGAAAAUUCAUAUUUGAGAAAGCAAAGAUUGUUAAAGAAAAUUGGUAAUGAUUAUAAUGGCCAGUGUGCCAAACUAUCUUGUGAACAUAAGAUUCAUGCCUUUGUACAUAGCUUCCAUCUGUAAAUUCGAAUAUUUAAGUUGCAAGAUGUCGCUCAUGCCAUUUGUAAAGUGAACUACAUGCUGUUCAUUUCCGUGAAUAAGGCAGACCUUCAUUUAUUUCAUUGUCAA